GGCUAGCCGAAAAGAGUUUUGCAAUAGUUUGCAAAUAGAAAAUUUUCCUCAUUUCAGCAUACAAAUUCGACGGCAGGAACAAUGUCGGCUAUAAAAAUCUUCUCACUGGCGAAACACACGAACCUUAUGCUGCGGCAGUCUUCGAUCGCGGCUGCUGCAAGAAGUUAUACCUCGCAGCCAAAACCUGCUGCAAUUAAGCCGGAAGAGUACUACUACGUUAAUAACAAAGAACAAAGCAUGGACAUGAACGACAUCACCGACCGUGCCGCGCAGACCAUAUUCUGGGCCGAACUGUUCCGCGGAGCCGCUGUUACUUUGGCUCAUAUCUUCAAGGAACCGGCCACCAUUAAUUAUCCGUUCGAGAAAGGCCCACUUAGCCCGCGAUUCCGUGGAGAGCACGCAUUGCGCCGUUAUCCAAGUGGAGAGGAACGCUGCAUCGCUUGCAAGCUGUGUGAGGCCAUAUGCCCGGCUCAGGCCAUCACCAUCGAGGCGGAAGAAAGAGCCGACGGUAGCCGACGUACUACGCGGUACGAUAUUGAUAUGACCAAAUGCAUAUACUGUGGCUUCUGCCAGGAGGCAUGCCCCGUAGAUGCGAUCGUCGAAGGACCUAAUUUCGAAUUCUCGACCGAAACCCACGAAGAGCUAUUGUACAAUAAGGAAAAACUGCUUAGCAAUGGUGACAAGUGGGAAUCGGAAAUUGCAACCAAUAUUAACGCCGAUUAUCUUUACCGCUAGAGCCGCUUAGGCGUUGUUUGGGCAGUCCACACUUGGAUAGCAAAUGUGUAUCAUAACAACUAAUUAACACUGAAACAAAAUAAAGCCACCAGGCUU